AACUGAUCAUUUCCUUAUCAGGAACUACAGUCCAUUCUUCUUUAUCUAGCUGCAUGCCAACGAACCUCAGAGGCAGAAAUUGAACCUUGAACCUUGAGCUGCACCACCACCGUGUGCGCCUGCGCCUUCGGCUAUCAGCUCCUCCGUCGACAUCACCGGUGCGUAGUACUUUAACUCUUUCCACCUUGUACGCCCGCCAUGCCGCCUGCUCAAGCAGUACCUCGCACCGCCGUCGGACUCCACGGACCUGUUUGAACCAACCAUGAAUCCAAAACACACACAUGUUGCCACUGCUUCAGAGUGCCUAGAAUACUAUAUUCACAUGUUUCUACUUCUCAUCAGAUAGUUUACAACUGCACAUAUUGGCAGCAUAACGAUUUUUGCUGCUGUUUGUAUGCACGAUCGUAGAAGCAUGGCUAUGCAGAUAGAAGAACUCCGGAUUGAAUCAUCGGACUUGAGAAGAAUUACCAACAAUUCUUCAGACGCCCAGAAAAUUGGAUGUGGUGGCUAUGGAGACGUUUACAAAGCAGACUACAACGGGGAAGAGAUAGCAGUGAAGUUGCUUGAUGCGACCAAAGGAAUUGACGACCAACAAUUUAUGAAGGAACUCUAUAACCACAUGGAAGUCAAACAUCCAAACAUUGUACGGCUGGUGGGGUAUUGCAAUGAAGAAAUCAAGAAAUACGUUGAGCAAAAGGUUGGCCCACCUGUUUUUGGUAAACACAUAUACAAAGUGCUAUGCUUUGAAUAUAUGCAGGGUGGAAGCCUCGACAAGUGUCUCUCUGAAAAUUCUCUGGGAGAUGAUUGGUGCACACAUUACAAAAUAAUAAAGGAGACAUGUGAAGGUUUACACUAUCUUCACAAUGGAUGGAAACGUCGGAUCCUCCACCUGGAUCUAAAGCCUGGCAAUAUAUUACUUGACGAUUGCAUGGAACCGAAGAUUGCAGAUUUCGGAUUGUCAAGGAUUUACACUGCAAGCCGCAGCAAUAUCAUAGUUGAGUCAGUUUCAGGAACAACGAAGUACAUGCCACCUGAAUUAAUACAUGGGAAUGAGAUAUCAGAGAAGACUGAUACCUACGGCUUAGGUGUUACAAUCAUAGAUGUAAUUAGGGGAUCUGUUGGUUUUGAACUUUAUCACGAGCUGGAGGCCACAAGAUUUGUUGAAAAUGUACGUACAUAUUGGGGACAGAGAGAUGGUACAGCACAUUUAGAUCAAGUAGAGGAAUGCACCAAGAUUGCAAUACGAUGUGUGCAUCAUGACAGAAGGAAUAGGGCCCACGAUAAAGGAGAUUGUUGCGGAUUUGAAUGCUACGGAAACUCGGAUUUUGGCCGAGGGUCCCCGUGCCUUAACAAUCAGUUCCUCACGCGGGAAGCUCAACUCCCUCCAUGUUCCAGACAAGCUUUCUAGUUCCACUUCAGGAAGGGGGCCAUUGGACGUGGUGAUUGUGUAUGCCUUUGACUGCUAUCUGCAUACCCCAGCCUGGCAUGAAGUUAGUUGACUCAGCCGACACAAAGGCACGUGGCUACACAGACUACGACCGCAGGAGCACCAAAAGGAAAACCAUGGCAUCAGGCCUCGAAGAGGCGCAUAACAUAAUCAGCAACCGCGG